UCAGUUCUGCUAGUGGCUUUCGUUGCAAGGAAGGGUCCACCUGGCCUCUGGUACUGGAGGAUGAACCCCCUCCCAGAGUGACAAAGGUACGGGAAAGCUGUGUAGAACAACACAAGGGCAUCGCACCAGACAUGUCAUUGUCAGCCACCAACAGAACUCAUAGCGACACUUUCUCGUUCAUCUUGAUGGGCCUGCCUGGCCUGGAAGGUGCCCACUUCUGGCUGGCCUUCCCCCUCUGCGCCAUGUACCUUGUGGCCGUGGUGGGCAACUGCACCGUGGUGCUUGUCGUGAAGAUGGAGCCAGCCCUCCACACGCCCAUGUACUUCUUCCUCUGCAUGCUGGCUGCUGUGGAUCUGGCCCUCUCCACCUGCACCAUGCCCAAACUCCUGUCCCUCUUCUGGUUUGAUGCCAAGGAAAUUGGCUACAGGACCUGCCUCCUCCAGAUGUUCUUCAUCCACUCUCUGUCCGGAGUGGAGUCCACCAUCCUUCUGGCCAUGGCAGUGGAUCGCUAUGUGGCCAUCUGCCACCCUCUGCAGCAUUCCUCCAUCCUCACCAACGCAGUGACGGCGAAAGUGGGCUUGGUGGCCCUGGUGAGAGGGGUCGUCUUCUUCCUUCCUCUGCCCUUUCUGAUCAGCCGCCUGCACUUCUGCAGCUCCACCAACCUCACCCAUUCCUACUGCCUCCACCAAGAUGUCAUGCACCUGGCUUCCAGCAACAGCACCACACCCAAUGUUGUGUAUGGCUUGACUGCCAUUCUCCUGGUGAUGGGUCUCGAUUCUCUGCUCAUCUUUGUCUCCUACGUGAUGAUCAUUAAGACCGUCCUGCAGCUGAAGUCAAGGGAGGAGCGCCUCCGGGCUUCUGGGACCUGUGUGGCCCAUGUGUGUGUUGUCUUGUCCUUCUACGUGCCCCUGAUUGGGCUGUCUGUGGUGCACAGGUUUGGGAGAGACCUUCCUGUGCUGGUUCAAAUCACAAUGGGCAACGUCUACCUCUUGGUGCCUCCAGUGCUCAACCCCAUUGUCUAUGGAGCCAGGACCAAGGAGAUUCGGAAACGGGCAUUGAGGAUAAUGAGGAUAGGGAGGGAGGGAGGUUCUCAUUGACCCAGAAUUUUCUUUAGAACAGAUUAUCCUAGAGUUAUUUCACCAACAGCUCAUCCGUACAGCUGUGCUUGGUCAACCUUUAAGAUCACAGUCCUUGUUAGACAAAUCAGGCAGAACAAAGCUGUGCACUGCUGCAUCUCCAAGCCACUGUAAGUCAAUGGCCAUGUCUCCUUCCAGGCAGCUCUCAGUAGCUGCAAGACCCUAGUAGCCAUGCUUCUUGUGUAGUUGCCACACCAUUUCCUGGAGACUGAAGCUCAUACCUGAAGGAUCUGUCCUCUACCCAACUGAUCACUGAGCUCCGUGGACAAGGGCCUCCUGCAGAAAGAGGCCCCCGAAAAGGUGUUUCUUGGUGACCUACCUCGGUGUUAUUCAGGGAUGUGUAACAAAAGGGUUGUCAACCACUAUGUAGGUGAUAUAUGCUUUGGAAUUUAUUGUGCAGAAUAGGAAAUCUCCUAAACCCACUUGUACUCAUUGUUGCUUGUGAGGUGGCUAGAGAAAGAUUGAUGCUCCAGGAAAGGCAAGAUGGAGAAGGACUCUCCCUCUA